CCCGUCAUCCUUCCAGCUCUGCUCGUCUGCCUGCCACAACAGCCGGAGGGAAACGCGGUAGCUGCUGCAGACACGGUUUGAUCGUAAUCAGAAAUCAACAGCCGGCAGGACCUGUUGUGUCUCCGAGACAAUGCGCGGGGCUCGCGAGUGCCGUGCAUGUCGAUGAGGCUGAAGCCCCGCGCCGGUGCGGAGCGGCAGCCGGAGCCAGCCCCCGCGAUCGCCCGGGGAGAAGGGAGGAGAGGCCGGGGGAAGGCGGCGUGCCGUGGCACGCUUGCAAAGGGCUGUUUCGCCGACCUCGAGAGCGCUGCCAGCUACACACACAGGCACGCGCUUGCUCACACACGCGCGCACGCAGCCUCUUGGUGCAGCUCCUUGCCGCCCUCUGAUUUGCAAGGGAGGAAAUAAGACGUCUCGGAGCAGCAGAGGCAGCAGCUGCUGGCAAGAUGUGCCGACAAAACUGAGCAGCGAGAGCUCUCCAAUCUGCUUGGCCGCCGGGGCUGGACCUCCUCCCGGGAGAGGAGCGGCGGCGAGCGGGAGGAUGAGCAGCCCCUCCAUGCCCGGGAAGAUGGAGGCGAAACCUUUGUUCAACGUGCAGAAGGCUCUGGUGCAGCCCGUGCAGAUGUGCAUGCUGGAUAUCCCCCUGAGCGUGCAGGAUGACGACAGCUCCACACAGGAGAUUGGGGAAGAGCUGGAGGAUGGCGUGAUCUACAGCAUAUCGCUCCGGAAAGUGCAGCUCCAUCACACGGCCAACAAAGGGCAGCGCUGGCUGGGGUUUGAGAACGAGUCUGCCUUAAACCUGUACGAGACGUGUAAGGUGCGAACGAUAAAAGCUGGAACCUUGGAGAAGUUGGUGGAGUACCUGGUCUCGGCCUUCAAAGGCAAUGACUCCACCUACGUCACCAUCUUUCUGUGCACUUACCGGGCCUUCGCCACCACCAAGCAAGUGCUGGACCUGCUGCUUAACAGGUAUGGCAAACUCCACGUGCAGGCGAACGGGGACCAUGCCAGGCAUGCUGUGGACGAGAGGAUGGAGCUGAAGAACACCAUUUCCUCCAUCCUGGGUGCCUGGCUGGACCAGUACUCUGAGGACUUCCGCAAGCCCCCGGACUUCGCCUGCCUCAAGCAGCUCAUCUCCUACGUGCGCCACAACAUCCCCGGCUCGGACCUGGAGCGCCGAGCCCGCAUCUUGCUGGCCCAGUUCCAGCAGCAGGAGCACAGCGAGACCGAGGCAGAAGCUGUGGACCACGGCGGCUGCACGUUCCAGCUGGUGGAAGAGAACGGGGUCGGGGAGGGGAAGUCGGACUUCCUCUCCUUCUCCCCAGAGAUGGUGGCGGAGCAGUUCACGCUGAUGGACGCUGAGCUGUUUAAGAAAGUGGUGCCUUACCACUGCCUGGGCUGCAUCUGGUCCCAGCGAGACAAGAAGGGCAAAGAGCAUCUGGCGCCCACCAUCCGUGCCACCGUCUCGCAGUUCAAUAGCGUGGCCAACUGCGUCAUCGCCACGUGUCUCGGGGACCGGUCGCUGAAGCCGCAGCAGAGGGCGAAAGUGGUGGAGCGGUGGAUCGAAGUGGCUCGGGAGUGCCGCAUCCUGAAGAACUUCUCCUCCCUCCGAGCCAUCCUCUCUGCUCUGCAGUGUAAUGCAGUUCACCGGCUAAAGAAGACCUGGGACGAGGUCCUACGGGAGAGCUUCCGCACCUUCCACGAGCUGUCGGAAAUCUUCUCUGAUGAGAACAACCACUCUCUGAGCCGGGAACUUCUCAUUAAGGAGGGCACGUCCAAAUUCGCCACCUUGGAGAUCAACCCGAAGAGGGCUCAGAAGCGGCAGCAGCAGCAGCGAGAGAUGGGCGUGAUGCAGGGCACCAUUCCCUACCUCGGCACCUUCCUCACUGACCUGGUGAUGCUCGACACUGCCAUGAAGGACUUCCUUGACGGAGGGCUGAUCAACUUUGAGAAGAGGAGGAAGGAAUUCGAAGUCAUUGCCCAGAUCAAGCUGCUUCAGUCGGCCUGCAACAACUACAGCUUCACGCAGGAGGACCAUUUCGUGGACUGGUUCCACAGCCUGGAGCGGCUGAGUGAGGCUGAGAGCUACGGGCUGUCGUGCGAGAUUGAGCCCCUGUCGGAGUCGGCCAGCAAUACGUUGAAGGCGAAGAAAAACACGGGCAUCAUCAAGCGAUGGAGCGACCGGCAGCUGCCAAGCACCGAGCCCUGCACCAGCGGCAGCUCCCACUCGAAAUCCUUCGACCAGCUCAAGUGCGGGCAGUACCUGUGCAGCGGGGACACCACCGACUCGGUGAGCGUCACGUCCGCCGGCUCCAGCAGCUCUGACGUGGAGGAGAUCAACAUCAGCUUCAUCCCCGAGUCCCCCGACUGCCAGGAGAAGAAGCGCUUGUACGCCCCAUCUCCGGCUGACGGAGGAGCUAAACCCACCGUGUCCUCUCCGUUCCCUCUCCUCCCUGCCCUCCAGUUCUGGGAAUCCACCUCUCUCUCCUCCCUGGACACGUCAGGGAUCGGCUCAGGCUCCAGCAGUGCCUCGUCCUCUUCCGUCUCCUCCACGCCGGUGACGGCCUCCCGUACCCACAAGCGCUCCGUCUCCGGCAUCUCCAGCUAUUCAUCCCUCUCGCUGCCCCUCUACAACCAGCAGGUCGACGACUGCUGCAUCAUCCGCGUCAGCCUGGCCGUGGACAACGGCAACAUGUACAAGAGCAUCCUGGUGACGAGCCAAGAUAAGACCCCGGUCGUUAUUCGCAAGGCCAUGGCCAAACACAACUUGGAUGGGGACCGGCCUGAAGACUAUGAGCUUGUCCAGAUCAUCUCGGAGGAGAGAGAGCUGAAAAUCCCCGACAACGCCAACGUCUUCUACGCCAUGAACUCCGCGGCCAACUACGACUUCGUGCUCAAGAAGAGGGGCUUCUCCAAGGGGGUGAAGAUCAAGCACGGCUCUAGCUCCACCCUGCCCCGGAUGAAGCAGAAAGGCCUGAAGAUCGCCAAAGGCAUCUUCUAGCCGCAGCCCCACUGCCACCCCUCACCGAUGGGGCCUUGGGGGCCAGCUGCUCCGGGGCUGCCCUGGUGCUGCCCAGCACGGCGAGAGGAGCCGCUCCGGCCCGCGGGAGACGGCGACGCGCCCCCUCUUCCAGGGAGCCUCCGGGGCCUGGGUCGCUGCGGCCGCCCGCGAUGGCGGUGGCCUCUCCCUGCACGAGCUCCCGUUUCAAUCAGGUCUUUUUUUCUACGCAGGAAAGGCGGCAGGGGGAUAUUUCUUGUGGUUGUGUAUUUUUUUUCCCCCCUUCCUUUUUUUAAUCUCUCCUUCCACGGUGCGACACUAGUCCAGCCGCCGGCCUGCCCAGAGCUGGAUCCCGCCUCUCUGCCGUAGGUGCCUUGUGUCCGCGCAAGCCGGAGGACCGGUGACUCGCGGAGGGGCCCUUUGCCGGGAGCCGCGUGCGAGCCAGCGCGGGGCCCUCCGCCGUGGGGCUCCCCGUCCCGGCUUUGCCGGCUCCCGGCGCUGUUUUACCUCCAGAUCCUUCCUCCCUCCCCGGGAAACGCUGGCAUUGCCGCCGCCUCCCGUCCCCGCCCUGGGAGAAGCUCCUGGAAGGGAGGCACGCUGGGAAGGACGCAGCCGGGUCCCCGGGGGGGCUUAGCCCCACGGCGGUAGCGGGCCAUGCUAUGGCUACUUGGAAGCCAGCCUGUCCUCGCGUGGGACUCAGAGGGCCCGCGUUCAAACCUGCACCAAAGAUCAAAGCCGGCGUCUCCCCGCCGCCCCCCGCGCUGCCGGCUGAGCAAGGAGAGCCCGUUUCUGUCCGGACUUGUGUAAAUAGAGACCUCGGGGCUCCGUGGGGGGGGCGGCAGGAGAGCUCCCCCAGGGCCGCCCGGCCCGCGGGAAGCCUUGGGCUUUAACCAGACUUUUCCAAACACUGACCAUGGAAGAAGCAGCGACGAGAUUUUUUUUUUUUUUUGUAUAAAAAACGUUUACUUUUUUUUUUUUUUCAAUAUUUAUUGGUUGUAAAUAGAAGAGACAAUUGUACAUUUUACUAACCCAGCCUUCCCCUGCCCUGCAGUCCCUCUCCUUCCCCCUCCUUGUAUUUAAAGCCGCCGGGGGGAUGUUUGUAGCAGCCGCGUCCUCCUGCCGCGCUCUCCUUCUCCCUCCCUCCUUCCUUCCCCACCAGCGGCUCGAGCAGGGGUGCGGGGCUGCUUACGUUUUAACCACUGUCAAAAACACUAACCAAAGGGGGACCGUUUUUGUUCCUGGACCUGCUGAUGACUCUGUCUCUUGUUUAAACACUUCUUUCCAGAAGGUCUCUUUUUUUUAUUAUUUUUAUUAUUUUUUCUCCUCCCCAUUUCUUGUGCGUGUGUCCGUGCUGGUGUAAUGCGGUCCAGGAGACCGGGCGGCACGUGCGGAGGAGGCCGUGCGCGACAUGGCCGCCGUGCCACAACAGCGCCGUGCCGCGACAUGGCCGCCGUUGGGGGGAGCCCGGCGCGGACACGGCGUGGGGGAGAGAGGAUGGCCCCGGGGCCCGUGCUGCGCAUGAUGGGGGCCGUCGCCUCCCUGACGCCGCGGCUUUCCCCGCUCACGGCUUCUCCUCCUCCGCGGCCCCCGGCGGCACCGACCUUCGCCUCCUCUCCGCGGGCUGCCCCGCGGAGGCAGAAAGUGCCUGAGGUAAGACCCCCUGCCAGGGCCGCCCUCCGGCCCGGCCCGCGCCACGGGGGAUUUUGUAACACUGCGACGAAGGCGUGCGCUGCCCGGUGUGUGACAUGUACACUGCAAUGUAAUUAGUCUUUGCAAUAAAACGCCGAUGCUCACGCA